UUUAAUAUUAAUUUGAUUAGUUUCAUACACACAUCCUCAAAGAUCCAUUAUAGCUGCGUUGGUGGUGAGCAGAAAGUACAGUGGUUUUGGUCACAAGCAAUGUGUAAUCCACAGGGAAAACACGCUUGAAAAAAAAAAAAAAAAGUACUUCUUCAUUCCACGUGCUGAAUGCAGGGUUCAUCAGUGAAUGUCACUGUAUAGAGAACUGAAACUGACAUGACAUAAAUACACUUGAAAAAAUGCCCCCGCAUUAAACUCUGACCCUUGGUAAAUCCCUUCAGAUAAAGGUGAGAGAAACUAAUAUGUCAUAAUGAAGUCCCCACGCAGAUUCGGGAUCUCCCCGGGCUUCUCUUGUGCUGUUUAAAAGUGGAAUCAGAUGGAGGACAGAUUCACACAGCAGAGAGAACAGGCUGUUACAGCUCAACUGAGACUUUCACCUACUGAUACACUGCGAACACACGUCAGGAUGGCUGCUCCUCGUCUCGCUCUGUCUGUGGUUGUGCUGAUGCUGGCAGUCAUCACUCUGAGUGCAGGAUUGCGUGGUCCUGGCCCCAAGAAAUGCUGCUUUCGUUUCAAUGAGAACGAGGUGCAAAGAGACAGAGUGGUUGACUAUGUCAGGACCAGCCAGCGGUGCCCCAACCCUGCCAUCUUGCUGAGGACUGUGGCUGGUCGUUACCUGUGUGCCAGACCUUCAGCCACUUGGGUGAAGACGCUCAUCAGCUACCUGGAUGCCAAAUCUGUCCCAGGAGAGACGUCCAACCUGUAGUUACAGCAUAUCCACUAUCAGAGCUUCAAAUAUAGCCACUUGAUGCUGCAACAUUUUACAUUAUAAUUGUCAAAGACAUGUUUUUUCAUUAUAUAUACUGAUAAUGUAUGCAAACAUUUUAAGAUGACAUCCUAUUAAUAUCGUAUUUGUUACCUUUUAUACAUUUCUGAUUUUAAAAGUAAUAUUGAAAUAGAACAUGUACAUUUUUGCUCAAUACAACACUCAAAGUAUGACCGUCAACACUGUGAACUACAUGUUGCAUUGUAAUUUAACUACAAAAGUAAUUUGACUUACAGAUUCACUGUAAAGGGGGUUGGUAUAAGAGCAAUGUCUCACAACACUUGUCAUCUAAAGAGUAUAAGCUAAAUGUUACCCCAUUAUUUCUACAAUGAAUAUUGUGAGCUAUUGGUCAUGUUUUUUGUUAAAGUAAAUUGAUGGGGUUUUUUAGUCAUGUUUUGAAUUCAAUUACUUGGUCAAAUAAGUAUUAGUAAUGUAAUUUGACAACAAAUAAUUUAUAUCUGUAUGCUGAAUUAAAGCAAGAUGAAAUGCCAA